GCGCAGCCCCCGCAGUCUCUUUGGAUUUAUUUAUACCAAAUUAAGGCAGUGGAAAAAGUCCUAACUAAAAAAAUGGUUGCCACCUCUCUCUCUCAUGACUUCCUCAGUCCUUUGGACGAAGAGCCUGCAAAAAGUCAGAUGGGAUCUGUGUCCGUAUAUCCGUGGUGCUUACAAAGGAGCAAAUGCCAGCAUGACUAAGGUCUAAGAGACGUUCUCCUGAGUUCCUGCCACGGGUUUGCAGGUGCAGAGGAAGGGUGCAAGGACAGCAGGGACAUUUUGAGAUACCAUGGAUAUCCCCACCGAUUUGGUGCCAUCCUCCAUGAUGUCACAACCUGAGGUGAUUGAGUCCACGGCCAUGAGCGAACCACAGUGCUACUACAAUGAAACUAUUGCCUUCUUUUAUAACCGAAGUGGAAAAUACCUAGCCACUGAAUGGAACACUGUCAGCAAGCUUGUAAUGGGACUGGGGAUUACCGUCUGCAUCUUCAUAAUGCUGGCCAACCUCUUAGUUAUGGUGGCUAUUUAUGUCAACCGCCGAUUCCACUUUCCUAUUUAUUACUUAAUGGCCAACUUAGCCGCUGCGGACUUUUUUGCAGGGCUCGCCUACUUUUACUUAAUGUUCAACACAGGACCCAAUACUAGAAGACUGACUGUAAGCACCUGGCUUCUCCGUCAGGGUCUCAUUGACACUAGCCUGACGGCCUCUGUAGCCAAUUUGUUGGCCAUUGCUAUUGAGCGGCACAUUACAGUUUUCCGAAUGCAGCUACAUACUCGGAUGAGCAACCGGCGAGUGGUGGUUGUAAUUGUUGUUAUCUGGACUAUGGCCAUCGUCAUGGGCGCCAUACCAAGUGUCGGAUGGAACUGUAUUUGUGAUAUCACUCACUGCUCCAACAUGGCACCACUUUAUAGUGACUCCUACCUGGUCUUCUGGGCUAUUUUCAACCUGGUCACUUUUGUGGUCAUGGUGGUCCUAUAUGCUCAUAUUUUUGGGUACGUCCGCCAAAGGACUAUGAGAAUGUCCAGACACAGUUCUGGACCCCGCAGGAAUCGGGACACCAUGAUGAGCCUCCUGAAGACUGUGGUCAUUGUGCUUGGUGCUUUCAUAAUCUGCUGGACCCCAGGAUUAGUCUUGCUGCUCCUCGAUGUUUGCUGUCCCCAGUGCAAUGUCCUGGCCUAUGAAAAAUUCUUCCUGCUCCUGGCAGAGUUCAACUCCGCCAUGAACCCCAUCAUCUACUCCUACCGGGACAAGGAGAUGAGCGCAACCUUCAAGCAGAUCCUCUGCUGCCAGCGCAGCGAGAGCGCCAAUGGCCCCACCGAAGGCUCGGACCGGUCAGCAUCCUCGCUCAACCACACCAUCUUGGCUGGCGUCCACAGCAACGACCACUCAGUGGUGUAAAACCGCAACCAGCUGCGAGGCCGAUGAAGAGAAGCAGGCUGUGUCACAGAGCGGGGUGGGCGCACAGCCCUGGGGAAGGUAACCCACUCACAAGGUUUUCUCAAACACUAAUGGACUACAAGUGCUUCUUUUCCAGGGAGCCCAACACACUGGCACAGUCUGCUCCAUCCAGGAGACUGGCCAUGCUGCAAGGCCUUUGAUUUCUACUUUCAGAAAGUAGGAGGCAGAUGCUUUGUGGCAGAGGUCACCGAUAGCCCAUGGAGAGCCUCGCUGAGACUUUGUCGGACUUCGCUGCGUCUUGGUGCCAGUCUGAAUCAACUCUGAUUAAUUAAGCUUAUACCUGCUUCACUGCAUUUACAUGUAGCCACUUAGUCUUUUUAAAAAGGGAGUAAAGGGGAUAAAAGUAUGCCUAUCAUUUAAUAGACAUGUAAUAUUUAUCACCAUCAGCAUGCUUGUGAUGAACAUUUUCUGUGCAGGGAGUAAAAUUGUGCCUAGUCUUCGUAUCCUUAGCCACACUGCCGUAACUACAGUACAAACAAAAGUAUUUUUUUCUAAUACAAGCAACAGGAAGAUGAUGGAAACUGACUCUUCUUACCUUCAUUACUGGUGUUAGAGAGCAUGCAUGUUCUGUGUGUAUGCAGAUUGUUUUAAUUAUGAAAAGAAAAAAAAAAGAAGCUCGUUGUAAAGUCUGCAGGAAAGUAGAAAAGCAUAGACUGUAUUCCAGUGUUUGUUUAGAUUAUGAAAUAAACAGUACUCUAGUCACAAGGUAUUUAACGUUCUUCUUUGAAGUGCUGUAUGAAAUGUGUAACAUGUGAGGGGUCCCAAGCUUUUCAUGGACAAGUUCUUAAAGUAGGAUACAUCCCUAAGGCUCUUAAAGGGCUAAAGUCAGGUUGGUAGAUUUUAAAAAAUAAGUAUUGUGUUGGAAUGCUUUUCUUGUUCAGGGCGAAAAGCAGAGGGAUAUUUAAUGUGAAAAAAAUGUAUACAUUUUUAUGGAACCUUUCUUGUCAUGGAAAACAAAACACCUUCUGCAUUUUUGGACUAAGAAAUAUUUGUGGGGUAUCUUUUAAAUGAUGUAUCAGUUAUUUCAAAAGCAGUGGGCUACUAAGAACCAAGGUAGAAUUUAUUUUGUAAAGUCAGGACAACAUAGGUAGUUGUCUAUUGCAAAUGAGUGGACCAUGCUACAUAUAAUAGCCACACGUGCACAUUGUUAUGAAUAGCUAAGCUAACAGAUGGAUUUUUUUCAUAUAUGGCUGUUUUGAUGAUAAAUGCCACUCUUGUGAAUCUCAGUUACCAAGAAUCAGUGACAUUAAUCAAAACUCCUGGACAGGGGUAAAUGUGAGCAAAAAUGGGAUCUUGCUGAUCAAAAACUUGGGACCUUUCUCUGGGAAACUGUGUGUUCUCCUAACAGUGUAAAAUAUAUCAACAGUAAAUUCCUGAGGCCAUUGUCCUCAUUGUAAUUUGCCUCUAUAAC